UUAAUCCCUUCUUUGAUUAGCUCUUAAAAUAUUUUUAAGGUUUGAAACCGAUAACGUUUAGAUCGCUUCUAAACUGGAAUCGAUAAACUUGUCGAGAACUUUGUGAACCGAAUAGGGAGCAGUUGUAAAAAUUCAGGAUCAUCAGUGAUGGCGAAGCCGCAACGCAUGAAGGUAAAAUUCGCCGACGAAAUGCCGAAUUCCAGCGAUUUGGUCUGUCCUGGUUGUCGGAAAAGAUUCGUGUCACCAUUAUUGCUUCCUUGUCUUCAUACGUUGUGCAAAAAGUGCAUUGAUGGUGAAAAGAUUUCGCCAAGAAAUGGAAGCUUACCAAGUUGUUUAGUGUGUUCAAAGGUGCUGGAUGUGCGCGGCGAGUUUCCUAUCAAUUUUGUCGUUAACAACCUGGUCAAUAAGGCAGCCGUACAAGAUCACACUCCGCUGGAAUUUGUCUGUGAUAGCUGUGAAGCCGAAGGAGAAAGCGUUACGACACGAUGCAAUGAUUGUUUCCUAUUCCUGUGCGAAUUUUGUUCUACAGCACAUCGCCGAAUGAGUGCUACUAAAACGCAUACUUUACAGUCAGUAGAGGAGCUUAGGGGACAAAUUUUUAAAGGAAAUUAUGUCCAAAGACAAUCCUCCUGUUCUAUCCACGUGAAAGAGCGAUUACUUUAUUUCUGUCAAACUUGCUCACAAAUUGUUUGUCGAUUAUGCUCGCUCGCUGAACACGAGCAACAUGAAUGUCGCAGAAUCACUGAUAUCACAAAAACGUUCAAAAUUAACAUGGUAAAUCUUGCCGAGCAGUUGAAAGGAAAGCAGAAACACAUCACUGAGCAAAUAUCUCUUAUUCAAGAAGAUAUUUCGACGGUUGAAAACAAGAAGAAGCAGAUUCGACUCAGUAUUGAGGAAUAUUUUCAGAAACUGAUCGAAGCGAUGAAAGAUCGCAUGUGUGAACUUGUAAAUGAGGUCGAAGCUCAUUGUAGCACCAAGUUAGAGGCUUUGUUUUCAAAACAAAAGUUACUACAACAGACUGUGACACAUGCAAACAGCUGUUGUAUGUUCACCGAUUCCGCCGUAAAACAAGGCACUGAUGUAGAAAUAUUAAGCAUCGGCCAGAUUGUUACUCAGCGUUUAACCUCUCUUGUCGACGAAGUUGAACGGAAAUCUACUACAUAUCAUCCUGGAAAUGAAAUGCGCGCCUCGCUUGAAUUUGUGGCAGAGAGCGAGAAAAUUACUAAUGAUAUAAACCAUUUAGGUCACGUAAAAAUGCAGUCAUCGAGUACGCCUUGCGAGCCUGCAUUAUGCAUUUUGUCUCCCGCCAAAGAGACCCAACAAGUGAUCACUGGGGAAGUCAAUCGGAUGUCUUUGACUUCUGUCAAUCAACAAGGAAAAAGACAGCAACGUGGAGGGGAUAAAGUGAAGCUGUCAUUCUCAUUGGCUCGUUCAAGGGUGACGCCAGACAACGCCGGGUUUAAAUAUGGUUGCCAGGACAACAAAGAUGGGACGUACUCCUUAGCUUACGUCAUCAACAAACCAGACACCUACUGGCUGCAUGUUAGUAUAAAUGGGAGUCCUGUGGCGGAUAGUCCUGUCACAGUCACAGUGCGACCAAGAGACUGGAUUGGCAGUCAGCUUAUUUUAAAGAGCGAAGACUGUGGAGGAUUUUCUCACCCGUACAGUGUGAUCGCUGACUCCCACGACCAUCUUUUGGUAGCAGAUUCUCAUAAUCACAGAGUUAAAAUUCUUUCUUUGAAUGGAGAGGUGCUCAAAUCAUUUGGAUCUCAGGGAAUGAUCGAAGGGCAAUUUAACUUCCCGUACUGCUUGGCGCUAAAUCGGCGAGGAAACCUAAUAAUUGUUUCUGAUAGUCAAAACCAUCGUGUGCAGAUUGUCACACCAUCGGGUAGACUCGUGAAAUGCUUCGGAGGGUUCGGCGAUGAAAUUGGAAAGUUUAAAAAUCCACUUGGUGUCGCUAUUGACUCGGAUGACGUCAUCUACGUGGCCGACUCCGGUAACAGCAGGAUUCAAAUAUUUUCCCGUGAGGGAAUCCCUAGGGGGAUGAUUGUGUCUAAGGAAAUGUCAUGCCCGUGGGGGUUGGCUGUAAGCAAAGACAGUCAUAUUGUAGUGACAGACUAUAAUAAUCACCGGGUGUGUGUAUUUAACAAGGACGGUUCAGUCGCCCUCCAGUUUGGCUCUCGGGGGAAUGCCGACGGGUUACUGAACAAUCCGGCGGGUAUUACCGUAGAUGACCAGGGGCAAUAUGUCGUUGCGGAUCGAAGUAACCACCGGGUGCAGAUGUUUCAUCCAAAUGGAACUUUUGCCACUAAAUUUGGUGGAAAAGGUCAGGGGGAUGGAUUAAUGAUGUUCCCUGCAGGAGUUGCUGUGGACAAAAAAGGUCAUCUUUAUGUCGCGGACACGUUCAAUGAUCGCAUCCAGGUGUUCUCAUUGGCAGCAGUAUAAGAAAUAUAUCGGAUCCAUAUGUUAGGCGGCGAGCAGGCUCUCAUUAUCAGCGCUUCAGCUCGAGCGUUUUUCGCCCGCGGAAAAGUUUGAAGUCUUGAGCACUGGCACGAGCCGGCGAGAGGUCUGCAACAUGCGAGGAGUCCAACAAUCAUCAGUUAGUGUUACACCCCGGGGAAACCUCUCCCCAACUCGUCUCCAAUCUUCCCGCGGACGGAGAAACGCUCGUCCUACUGCGCUUAUGAUGAGAGCAAAUUCAAUAAAACAUAACUCUUCUUCACAAAAAAUACAAAAAUGAAUUCCUAAGUUUCUGCGCCGACGCAUCUCAGUAAGGGGGUUCAGCGGGCGUCCUGGCGCGAUUCAGUUCAGUUUCUCAUUUUUCUAUUUUUUUCUGACAUAAUUUGUAUAUUCAGUUAUAUUAUAUGACAAGUUAGUCCUGAAGUAAAUCAGAACGUUCUGAUUGGUUCUUAGCUGGUAGGGAUUUUGCCAUACGGACUGUUUCCACGGAGACGGUCCUAAGCCAUGUGUUUUCGUUCAUGCAAGCGAGCAAAUUCAAAGUAAAGAAGUUUGGUCCAAGUGCUGCAUAGUGAACUAUUUACUAACU